AUGCUUAUAAAUUUUAACACGUUGCCGUGCCCCUGCUCCUAUCCCCUGCCCGGCGCGGCCACGCCAGCACCGACCCCGCUUCCCUCCGCGCCCGCGGGGCUCAGCUCCGCGCUGCUCCGCGGAGCCGCGUCCCUCCUCCGCGCCUCAGCAAAGGUCGCGGACCCGACCGCGGCAGGAGCAAAAAUCAGCGGGGACACACACACAGGCGCGGGGGAGACACUUUGUCGCCCGGUUUCACCGGCUCCGCUGCCCGCCCGAGCCUCCCCGGCUGCGCGGCGGGGCGCGGGGGCUCCGCACGGCUGCGCGGCGGGGCGGGGGGCGGCCGCAGCCCCGGACACCCCCACCCGCUCCGGGCUGACCCCGGGCCUGUCCGGGCCCCCCGCCCCGGAGCGUCCCGAGGCCGCCCCCGGGGUCCCGCCCGCCUCCCCGCGCAGCCUUUGCCGGGGACCCUGCCGGGUUGCAGGGAGCCGCAAGCCCCUUAAUGGCAGCGGCUCCAAACGCGCCGCGAAACCCCUUCCUGGCAGCGCCCCCGGGGCCGUCGCUACCUGCCAACGCGCGGGGCUUGCGCGGCCGCCUGAGGGACGGGGUCACCCCGCAUCCCAGCCGGAUCCCUGCCCCGGGUGGGUCCCCGACCCUCAGAGCCGGAGCGGCGCCCCGCACCCCGCUCUGCCCGCGCCCCCGGCACAGCCUCCUCCUAAUGGAGCCCGCACCCCCGCCCCGGCCCGGUCGGGCGGCAGGAGCGUCCUUCGCGCGGAGCGCGUUUCAGAGGCGAAGAAGCCAAACCUCAGCCUAAAACUCGGCCUGGGAGGCCGGGGAGAAUCCCGGCUGCCGGCAGGGCUGGGCUGGGGCGAGCCGUCGGGCCGCAGCCCCCGUUUGCCGGGAGGCAGCGGGGAGGAGGCAGCGACCCCGCCGCUGCCCGAGGGUGUCCCGGUUCUCGCGUGGAAAUCGGCCACCGGAGCCGCCAGGUGCCUCCUCCCGGCCGCGGGACCGCCGCGCCCGGACGCUCCGCUCCCGCUGACAGGUAACGACCCCGCAGCCCCCGGCCGCGGGCCGCUUCCGACGGGAGGGGUCGGGGUGCCCGGCACCCCCUCCCCGCGGGGGGAAGGCGAGGGGAGCGGGCCGGAGCCCCGCACAACAGGUGGGGGUGGGAGGGAGCGGCUCCGGCCGCUGCCCGCCCGUCGGAGGGGGCGCCCCGGGGCGGAGGGGGCGGCCGGCGGCGGGGCCGCUUCCCAAACUUCCCCCGCGCGGGCGGCGCGGCCCCCUCCCCUUCCCCCGCCCCGUGACCCGGGCCCCGCUCCCUCGCCGUGA